AUGGCCACGUUUCCAAAGUCUUUCCUAGCCGCCGUCGUCAAGCAGCUGCUCCGGGGCAAAUCGUUGAUUCAAGCCCUCCUGGCAUUCUGGCUUACGCCCGUCUCAGGGAAACCGACAGAUUCAAAGGUGGAUUGCUGCACAUCUGGGACGACGACGCCCUCAGGCCAAAGCAUAGAGGAAUACCUAAAGGAGGCAGAGCACCUACUCCUGGGUCCCCUACUCGACGAUGGCCUGCUCGAGCUAUCCAACGCCCUAAAGGCACAGUUCAGAGACAAGUUGCAAACGAGCAUGGCCUGCAUGCUCCCCUCGUACAACCAUCAGCUCCCCGGCGGGCACGAAGUCGGUCAGUAUCUGGCGGUGGACGUGGGGGGAUCGACGCUGCGUAUCGCGCUGGUCGAAUUGCGGGGUCGAGACGCCGUGGGCCGGGAGAGCGAGAUCGUACGGAUGAGUUCGUUCAAGAUCGACAACGACAUUAGGAACUUAGAAGGCAUGGCGUUCUUCGACUGGAUGGCCGAGAGGAUACGGGACAUGGUGUCACAGGAUGGACAGGACCCUUCACGGUCUAUGCCCAUGGCCCUGGCAUGGAGCUUUCCCAUCGAACAAACAUCGCUAAAAGGCGGCCGCAUCCACGGCAUGGGCAAAGGCUUCCUCGCCGCCGAAGGCCUUAUGGGCCAGGACCUCGGCGAGGUAAUCGAGACCGCCUGCGCGGCAAAGGGCAUGACGGGCGCCCGCCUGCGCGUCAUCCUCAACGACGGCGGCGCCACGCUCCUCUCCCAAGCCUACGUCCACCCGGCCACCCGCUUCGGCCUCAUCCUCGGCACCGGCGUCAACAUCGCCGCCCACCUCCCCGUGUCCCUGAUCAGCAAGCCCAAAUUCGGGGACCGUCCGCAGGAGUGGUGGAACGAGGCGCGCGACGUCAUCGUCAACACGGAGCUCGGCAUGUUUGGCGGCGAGGGCGUCCUCGGCGUCACGCGCUGGGACGGGCUGCUGAAGCAAGGGCACCCGAGGCCGGAUUUCCAACCGCUGGAGCAGAUGGUUAGCGGGUACUAUCUCGGCGAGGUGGUGCGGUUUGCGUUGAUCGAGGCGAUUCGGACGACGGGUGUGUUUGGGGGUGUGGUGCCCAAGUCGCUUGAUGAGCCGUACUCUUUGAAAUCCGAGACGAUUUCUGCUAUUGAAGGAGAUACUUCGCCAUCAUUAUCAUCCUCUAUCGACCUCUUCAUCGCGCAACAUCCCUCAUCUCACACCCCCACAUCAUCAGACCUCUCCGCCCUCCGCAGCCUAGCCUCCUUCGUCUCAAGGAGAUCAGCCGCCAUCAUCGCAGCGUGCAUACACGCCGUAUGGUCCCUCCGUCUCGAGGCGCUAGCCGAAGAAAGGGCGACGAAGAAGACGACAGCCUCAAACCAAGAGGCAACGCAACAGGAAGAGGAGGCGGAGGCGGAGCUUCACCAGAGAAUAGAAAAAGAAACAUCCCUGGCGCGAACAAUGGUCGCCUACAACGGUAGCGUCAUCGAGUGCUACCCGGGCUACCUGGCAAUGUGCCAGACGUACGUCAACGCGCUGGUCAACAGGAGCGACAGGAGCGUCGAGCUCGUGCCGGCGAAGGAGAGCUCGUUGUUGGGGGCUGGCGUCGCGCUGGCGAAAGCUUGUGAUGGAACUGCGUAA